AUGAAUGAGGAACUUAUAAAUAGUGCAGUUGCAUUUUUGCAAGAUCCUAAUGUUUCAGCUUCACCAUUAACUAAGAAGGUUGAGUUUUUAGAGUCGAAAGGUUUAAACCAACAAGAGAUUGAAGAGGCUUUAAGAAGAGCAGGCGGUGGCGGUAGUGGUGAUAUGUCAUCAUCGGGUGGAAGUACUUCAUCAUCAACAACGUUGACGCCAUCUAGUUCAAACACUAACUUGGCACACCACCAGCAACUACCUGUCGACUACUUUAAUGUCGCGCCACCGUUGCCUGAGAGAUCAUGGAAAGAUUAUUUUAUAAUGGCAACUGCCACCGCGGGAGUUGCAUAUGGACUAUACCAGGUGAUAUCACGCUAUGUUGUUCCAUCGAUCAUACCACCGAGUCAAUCUGCAAUUGAAGAAGACAAGGAAACAAUUAAUCAAGAGUUUAUCAAGAUUGACAAGAUUUUGGAAGAAAUGAGUAAAGAGCAAGAAGAAAUGAAGAAUUUGAAUGAGGAGAAGUUGAAAGAUAUAGAUACCGUUAUUGAGAACAUUAAUGACUUUUUAACGAAAUAUAACAAGGAUAAACUUAAAUUUGAUGAUGAUUUGAGAUUAAUGAAAUUAGAAAUUGACAAUUUGAGUAAUUCAAUAGAGAAGAAUAUGAGGUUGAGUAAAGAGAAUGUUAGUGAAGAGUUGAUAAGCCUUAAUGAAGAAUUGCAAAGCUUGAAGAACUUGAUAAAAUUGAGAUCUGAAACUACUGGAGCUACUGGCGGUGCAAGCGUUGGUAGAAGUAUUGCGCCAGUUUCGUCAAUUCCCUCAGCUAGUGAGAUUUUGAAGAGAGCGAAAGCCAAGACUGAAGCAAAUGCGUCAUCUUCUGCAAAUGUGGCAAAUGCGGCAAAUGCGCCAUCUUCUGCAAAUGUGGCAAAUGCUUCUUCAACUGCGGCAACUACUGAUAACCAACUUGAGAAAGUUACCACGACGAGAAGCAACGAUGUAACUGAAAACAACAUUGUUGCAGGGGGUAUACCAACUUGGCAAAUCAAGCAUAAAGAAAACGAAACAAAACGAGACGAGCAGUUGGUGAGAAGCAAGAGUGAAGAGAAGAACGAAUAUAAGGCUCAAGAAUUGAAUGAUAAUGACCAAAAAGCUGUUGGCGAUGUUACUGAAGAGAAAAUCAAGGAGAGAAUCAAAUCUGCAGGCAUACCACCAUGGCAGUUGAACAGUAAAAUCAAUAACAAUAACAAUAGUAACAACAGCAGUAAUAGUGAUAGUAAUAGUAAUAAUGGAAUACCAGCAUGGCAAGCGGCAGCAGCAGCAUCAUCAACAAGCUCAUAA